AUGAUGGGGACAGAUGUGGUCUACAACGGGUGCGAUGAUAUUUUUCAAGUGGACGAUGUUGAACCCGGUGAUCAUAUGAAUGAGCAGUACGACCCGAAUAAAAUAGUACAAAAUGUACCAAGGAAAAUUGAGUUUAGUUAUCCAGUGGAGCACAGUAGCGUUCCUGAUGGGUUGUUUCCUAUGGAUGAAGAGCAGGAUAAAGCACGCAAAGCGAGUACCCCUCCACAAGAUAAGAGUGUGGUUUUUGGUCAAAGCGAAGAGGAUGCUGAGGAUUUAUUCUGCAAAAUGGAUACUUCUGGUUAUAAAAGUAAGAAGCUGGAUCAGAAAAUUGCUCUGUCAUUCCCUUUUGGAACGGGACUCAUUUUUGAGAAGGUUUUCAGUACUAUUUUAAUGGGUCGGAACUAUCUCUCUAAGGUAGUUUACCAACUGAAUUUGCCGGAGCUUGGUUUGGACAAAGGACUUGCGUGGGAUACAAUGCUGCUGUCGUCUAAGAAUUACCGCCAGGUGCCCGAAGAUAAGGUGACUACGGAAGUUAGAAAGCUGGUAAUGGAUUACGGCCGAUCUUUGCCGGUAACUAUUCCUGAACGGUCUUGGCUAUGUAACAAUUCAGGAAAACAAGACAUUGUCAUUUCUGUGAGCUCUGAAGAGGAAGUGGAUCCUCCGAGAGAUGCAUCUGAGAAGAGGCAGCGUGAACUGUUUCGCCAAUUUCGCGCCCAAGCAAGAUCAAUUCAACCAGCAGAUGACCCAGAAAAAAUAUUUGGCGUUCCUGCACCUUAUCGACGUCGUUAUAGGACAGCGGCGGAGAGGAAUAUUGAGCCUAUGCCGCUUCCUUUCAGCAACAAUGCUUCUUUACUUAUAGCUGGUAGUAAUACACUUUACCAUCGUACCCCUACAUAA